AUGAGCCAGAUCAAUUAAGUGCAGUAGAAAGGUGUGCUUGCAGUUUGCUAUGAAAGCCUCUCUGCUUAGAUUCAAGUGAGCGGUUGCUGAUCUGGAUUAAUUAGUGGAGACGAAGAGCUUAACUGCACAGCACAGACUGUGUUCUCAUCGGAGGACUAUCUCUAACAGAUUAUCGAUAAACAUUUGGAAACAGUUAUCGAUAACACACCAUGGGUGCUGAUGGGAGUCUCAACUCCACCUUGAAUGAAACAGCUAAUCCUGGCGCUUGCCCUGUACAUUACGAAACAACGGCAACUCAAACCAUAAAGACACUGGCUUACUGUGUUAUUAUUUUACUCUCGCUAGUUGGAAACUCAAUAGUAAUAUUUACAGUGUGGAGAAACAACAGUAUGCGAAGCGUCACCAAUCUCUUCAUCGGAAACCUGGCCGCCAGUGAUCUUUUAAUCACGUUCCUUGGAAUGCCAAACAUGAUAACUCAGCUUUAUCUCGGACAAAAGUGGAUUUUCGGAGAGGCCAUUUGUAAGAUUGUGGUCUUUUUCCAGAGUGUUUCCGUAGCAAGUUCUAUUUUGACUCUGCUGGCGAUUUCCUUCGAUCGUUUCUGGGCCAUCAUCUUCCCAUUUAAAAGACGGCCAUCGUUCUUUGCGGCCAGAUUAAUGCUCGGUGUCACGUGGGUGAUUUCUCUGGCAGUAAUGGCUCCAUUUCUGUACGCGCAAAGAGUUGUAGUUGUUGCAGAUGGGUACGAGAUGUGUAUCGAAGAUUGGGCCCCCGCUUUUAACCCCCAAACUGCGGCAAAGGACUACACCUUAAUACUCUUCGUGACAUUGUACGCCUUUCCGUUACUUACAAUGCUCUUCAUGUACUCAUUCAUUGUCUCUAAACUAUGGAAAAGGCAAAUUCCGGGUUUUCGUUCAAGCGGAGACGAGAUCAGAACGCGCACAUUGAGGAAAAAAGUCGUCAAAAUGCUUAUAACAGUGAUAACUCUGUUCUGCGUAUGUUGGCUGCCUCUUCACGUGUACCUGUUUAUAGUUUUCUUCGCCUAUGAUAAAAUACCCUGUUUUGACUCCUCUCUGAGCUUUUAUUUCACUUCCCUGUUCUUAGGACAUGCAAAUUCGGCCAUAAACCCAUAUUUGUACGCGUUAUUUCAUCGAAAAUAUCGAGAGGGAUUCAAAGCGGCUUGGACAUGCUCCGCUAUUAUCCCGGAUGAUAUGGGUUUUAGCAGGACUUACAGUCGCCGCCGAAGCUCGUCUAAUAUCACGUGGUUAACAAGAUCUAACAGAUCGCUGAUGAUCGACCGUCGAUUUAGCACUGCUGCCAUUAGCGAAAAACGCCGUCUAAGUGCAGUUACCAUCGCCGAAAAACGCCGUUACAGUACGGCUACCAUGCCAGGAACCACAAGGAAUGCUUUGUCGAGAAAACAAGGCACAGUUACGAAACCUGUCAAUGUCUAAUCCGACUGACGAACUCUUAUUUUUAAACAAAUUACUCAGAUGGUUGUGCAUCUUUAAAAACAUAGCUUAGGAUUUUUAAGUAUAUUAAACAAACCGUGAUAACCCCUCUCCGAGUUUUUACAGUACUAGCUCCUGUUUGCUUUUGUUUUACCACUUUGGAUUUUUUCUCUCUCAGUUACCAAAGUAAUAUUUUGUGGUUUUCAGUUCGCAUGUCAUAAAGAAACGACUCAAGCCGAGGGAAACUAAAACUAAUGUAACAUUUGUAACAGAUCACAUCGAUAUCAUUUGCGCUUUAUUUUCCUCUUGCUUAACCUUUUCAUUCCCAGGAGUGACCUAACGGAAAUUUCUCUGUAAAUGUGACGAGGAGAAAGAAAACUAUCUACAAGAGGAUACUGUUUGAUUUUACACCAAACUCUCGGAGAUAAGAUUACAGCGGAUGUAUCAAAAACAGUAGGGAUAGUUGAUAUUCAGAUCUUGCGGGUGAGAGGGUUAACUGACCUGACAGAUCGUAAAUAAAUUAAUCGCUUGGGUUUGAAUAUCUAAUUCUUCAAGCUCUAUAAGCUUUCCGAAAAAUAAGAAGUAAGUUUUUGGAACAAAAACCUUUCUUGAUACAUGCGUAGGAUUAAAUUUAUCAUUGUAUAUACAA